AUGUCUCGCUCUCUUCGUCUUCCUGAUACUCUGUCGCAGUGGCCCUACCCGCGGCGCAUUAACCCCGCCUACGAGGAGGUUUCUGCUGAAUCUGCGGCAUGGUUGCGGUCAUUCCACGCAUUCUCCAAUGAGGCACAGGUCGCCUUCGACAAGUGCAAGUUCGGUCUUUUGGCCUCUUUGACGUACCCCAACGUUGACAAAGAUCACCUGCGCGCCGCCUGCGACCUCAUGAACGUCUUCUUCGUUUUCGACGAGCAGACGGACAUCGCGGACACGGCACGUACCCGCGAGCUCGCGGACAUCGUUAUCGACGCUGUGCGCCAUCCGGAUCGCCCCCGUCCAGAAGGGGAGCCCGUUGUCGGAGAAAUUACGCGGCAAUUCUGGGCCCAUGCGUGCGUGAACUCUACCGCGUCUGGGCGGGCGCGGUUCGAACAGGAGUGGGCGCGUUACGUCGAGUCCGUCGUCGGGCAGGCGGAGGACCGCGAUGCGGGCCGCCUUCGCACGACUGAGGAGUACCUCGAGCUCCGAAGGUUUACGAUUGGAGCCGACCCGAGCUACGCGCUCGCGAUGGCCCGAGUGGACCUGCCACUCGCGGUGUCCGAACUCCCUGUCUUCCGGAAGCUCCGCGGGUGCAUCACGGAUAUGCUUAUAUUUGAUAAUGACCUGCUUUCGUACCGCAAGGAGUACGCCGCGGGGGACGACAUGCACAACAUCAUCACGCUAGUCAUGAACGAAAAGCAGAUUGACGUGGACGCCGCGGUCGAAUGGCUCGCCGCGGAGCACGCCAAGCGGGUGGACGAGUUCUUCGUCCUGUGGCCGCAGGCGUCGGCGAUGUCCUUCGGCUCGGACGAGCUCAAUCAGGCGGUGGCGACCUACUUGGACCAUCUCGUCAACUGGCCCCGCGGAGAUGAGUGCUGGAGCUUCGAGAGCGGGAGGUACUUCGGGAAAGACGGCGCCCGCGUCAAGAAAGAGAGGGUCAUCGAGCUCAAGACUAGAGAUUAA